UAGUUCAUCAGCUGUCCAUGAAUCAAUUUGAUGCAUAAACUAGAUUUGUUUAGUUUUUAAUGCUUGAUUUGUGGAGUUCUUUUAAAAGUUAGUGGAAAAUUCUGCAUCAUAUAUUUUGGAAUGAAGUUGUUCUGAAAGAGUGCAUUUGACAAACAAUUGAAUAUAAAACUUCUGUAUUUCUAUUUAUCAAUGUAUGUGGAAAUAACCGUUGCAGUAAAUUAUAUACUAUCACAUUUAUACACAAAGCUUCCGAGGCGUCGAGUUGAUAGUUUCGGUGAAGAACUUGAAAGGUAUCUUCUAGCCAAAUUUCAACACCACUGGUACCCUAGUGACCCACUUAGAGAUUCUGCGUAUCGGUGCAUUAAUUCUGUCGGUCCUCAGGUAGAUAUCUUACUUCCUGAAGCAGCAGCUGUAAGUGGGUUAGAAUGGAGUGAAAUAGAAACAUGUCUUCCAGAAGGUCUUAUUAUAAGCGUGGAUCCAGGACAUGUGGUGUGCCAAUACAACCGGUCUAAUUGUGCACUUCAUGAGAGAAUCCCUUCGAAUCACUGGACAUCAUCAUCUGUUUCUUUAUCAUCGUCAGGAUGUUCUUCUGCAUCUUCUAUCUCAUCAUCAAACUUAAUAAAUUCAUCUCAGAUCACUCACAAAGUUCUUUACAGUUCACAAGAUGAAUGGAAUAUAAAUAAUUCAAAUAUGUUGGAUGAAAGUAAACGAAAUUACUUUCUAACAAAAUUAAAACGUUUCGAAAAUGAUCAUGGUGAUUUACUGUCUACAGCCACUGCAUUAAGUGUCUUAGUUGAACCUGACGAAGGAAUUGAUACCAAAUUUGAGCCUAAUACUACAGUAUAUGAAGUAAGUUCUUUAACUAUGAACCAUACAAACUGGGAUAAUGAAAAUUCUGUAAUUGGCACAUCUAUAAUCAAUCAAGACGAACCAUCUAGAACUGAAUUAAAUGAAUCUGAUUUAGAGUCAAUAAAUCCUUUGCAAACUGAAAUGUAUCAUGAAAAAGAAAUGUCAACAAUUGUGAAUACUACUUCCUUUCCAUGGGGUGUUUCUAAACAUGCGAAAGAAUCUUUUCUACCUACCGUAGGUAAUAAUGAUUCGAUUGGAGGAAUACCAUCCACUACUCAAUCGAUUAUUUUUAAUGCUACUAAAAUGCAUAAUACAUUCCCUACAUUUCAUCGUUCCUCCUCGAAUCCUCCUCAAUCAGAUCAAUUAACAACAACACAUAAUAGUAAAGAAUUAAUUGCAUUUACUACAAAUUUUGUGAAUUCCAAUAUUCUAUGCUCAAAAUUUGAUCAAUCAUUUAAUCCAAUGUUGAUAAAUUCUUUACCGAAAUCUUAUCCAGCCUAUAUACAACCACCUCUGAAUUCAUCAAAUCCAUUUGUUCAAAAAUCUACAUCUACUCCAAGUUUUACAGCGGCUACUUUUGCUCAAACUAAAUUUGGUUCAACUAAAUUAAAAAGUCAUCCAAAACGUACACCGACGCGUAUUCUUUCUCCGACAACAACAACAACAACAACAACAAUAACAACAACAGCAGUACAACAAAAUAUUGCAGUGAUUGGGAAUUUCUUGCCAAAUGAUGUUGGUGUUCCAACUAAUUACUUAACAAAUCAUCAGCGUUUUGAUGCAACUAAUUCACCAAAUAUUAAUGCAUUUCGAUGUUUUUUACCAAUAAAUAAUAUUGGAUUAAAUACAACUAUGCCAAAUAGUCAUAUAACAACAAUGAAUAAUAAUAAUAAUAAAACUUCUUCUGAUCAUCAAGAUUAUUUUAAUGUAAAUUUACAUGAAAUUGAAAAUUCAACAACUGAAAUGAAAUUUUUACCAAUUUCAUUUCAUCAAAGAAAUAUAUAUAAUCAUUGUAAUACUAAUAAUAACAAUAAUAAUAUUAAUAAUAAUAAUAAUAGCAAUAAUAAUCAUAAAGAUAAUUUUUUAAUAACAAAUUUAGAAAACUACCUUUCACAUUCAUCAGAAGAGGCUAGUCCAAAUAAUAUUUUGGAAAUGAUUCAUUUAAAUGAGGUUCAUAAUGGUGGUCACAAUGUAUCGUCGGCGAGUUAUUGGCAAACAUCAUUUGAAAAACAUUUACAACCUACUACCACCACCAACAACAAUAUAACAAUGAUAACCACAAAUGACAUGGACAUGAUGAAAUCAGAUUGUACUGUUAAUAAUUCAUCAGUUCUUUGCACUAAUUGGAACAAUCAAUAUCAUCAUUCAUCAAUGGUGAAUGGAGGAAACAUUACAUUUAAUAAUCAUGAAUCGAACAAUUUACUUGUAAACAAUAAUUUAACACGAUUAUUAUCGACCGCGGUUUCUAAUCCUAUUGAUCAGUAUCAAAUCCAACAACAACAACAACAACAACAACCAGUGAACAUGAAAACAGAUGGACAUUUAACUGGUAGCAUUCAAAUGCCAACAUCUAAUGACAUUACCAAUAAUAAUAAUAAUAAUAAUAAUAAUAAUAAUAAUAAUAAUAAUAAUAAUAAUAACAAUGAUUAUUUGCUAGAUGAUGUUUUACUUUCUACACAAAUGGUAAAUUUACUCUUAGAAGAAGAUAAUUUCACUGAUUCAAUGCUACAUCGUGAUGAUAAUCUUGUCAAUUAUUUACAUACAGAUAAUGAUGAUGAUCAUGAUGAUCAUAAUGAACUACUAGAUAGUAGUAGAUUUCUGAAUAUUGAAAAUCAUUUAUUGACUUCAGCGGAUGGAGAUAAUGAUGACCAGCAUCAUCAGAAUGAUAAAGAUAUUCUUCAACUUGAUAAUAAUAAUAAUCAUAAUAAUUAUUCAGUAUUGAAAGAAUCACCAGCAUCCAGUACAAAUUUUGUUCCAGUUGGAACAUCAUCGACCAUAGUAGUAGCAGCUUGUUCAAUUGCAGAGAAUAUUAUGCCUAGUAUGGUUGCAACUGAAGUUGUUUAGUUUUCUUUUUUUUUGCUAGGGAAAUUUUUAGAAAGAUUUUUUGAUUCUCUUAUUUAUUUAUUUUAUGUUAUUUUUCUUCCUUAUUUUAAAUAAAUAAUUAAAAAAAACAAGAAAAACCAAAAAAAAAAAUACAAAACUUCUUUCUACAUGUAUACUUUGUUCAAUUGCUUGCUCUUCUAUAUCUAUCUAUCUAGUCAGUCUUAUUUUAUUUAUUCUAUGGGUGUGCUGGUUUUUUCUCUUUUAUUAUUUAUUUGUCAGCAUCAUUUCCUCUACUUUCUUUCUUAUUAAUGCUCAAGUUCUUUUCUAUUUUGCAAUAUUUAUAUAUAUAUAUAUAUACAUAUAUAC